AUGUCCAGCCGUAUCGUGGACGAGCUCACCGAGCUCAUCUCAACCCUUUCGUCGGCUUCAGCGGACCUGAAUGAAUUCUUGUCUAAACGUGGGCUGCCAAAGCACUCUAGCGAAGCCCCUACGCCCAUCAUCGAUCUCAUCCCUGAGAACUUGCCCUACUUCCAGGCGAAGAGCUCAAUCAUUGACGCUGCUGAACGCAUUGUUCGCCUGGCGCGCGGUCCCCGAGAUGCCCUCAUCACUCUCAGUUUUGAACACUGCGCCACGGCUUCUCUUCAAGUUGCCCUCAAGUACAAGUUGGCCAACCACAUCCCACUUGAAGGGACCACAACGUACGCAGCCGUCGCCGAAGCAGUCGGCAAACCCGAAAUCACCCCCGCCCUCGUUGAGCGCAUUCUUCAGCACACUUCUUCGUAUGGCCUGUUCAAGGUACAGCCAGCUGUCGCACACAACGCCAUGUCUGCGUUGCUCGUAACCGACCCUGACCUGGAAGCGUGGAUGGACCUGAGUGCCACCAUUGCCUACCCGGCAGGCGCCUCCGUGCCAGAGGCUCUCGGACGCUACGGUUACAGCAUGGAGUCCAACGAGUCUGCGUACGGGGUCUCCAUCGGCAGGAAAGUUUCUCAGUUCCAACGCUUCCGCGAAGCUGAUGGCCAGCAGCUGCACGACAUGUUUGCUCGCGCCAUGCGCGGCAUCGCAGUCGGGGGUGCCUACGACUCGCGUCACGCUGUCGACGGGGGUUAUCCUUGGCACUUGCUGGAGCAGGACCACAUCCGUCUCGUUGUCGACGUCGGCGGUGGCCCGGGCCACAUCUCUAUGGCCUUGGCGAAGAAGUAUCCGAAGCUUCAGUUUGAGGUGCAGGACCUCCCCGAGACAAUCGGAGUUGGUGCCAGAUCCUGCCCCGAAGAGCUGAAGAGCCGUAUCAGCUUUCGUCCCCAUGAUUUUAUGAAGCCUCAGCCGGAGCACAAGGUCGGUGCCGGAGAGGGCAUAGCGUAUUUCUGCCGUUUUAUCCUACACGACUGGAGUGACAAAUAUGCCCAAAUCAUUCUCCAGAGCCUGGCGUCAUCACUGCGACCCGAGGAUCGUAUCAUAAUCAACGAUGUCGUGGUCCCGGAACCAGGGCAAGAGAGCCGCGAGAAGGAGCGCCGGAUGCAUGACCGUGAUUUGUUGAUGCUGAUGAAUCUGAAUGGGCGUGAGCGGACAAUGACUGCGUUUAUGAAUCUUUGCAGUGCAGUGACGCCCAGGCUUCAGGUGAAAAAAGUGUACCGUCCUGAGCUGGGAGAACUUUCACUUGUUGAUAUUUUCUUGGCAUGA